AGUUUUUCGAGCUGCUGUUGCCUGCGCUCGUCUCUCUUCGACUGGCAAAACAACCAAGCUAAAUCAAUAAAAACAUAAAAUUAGUGUGUAAGGGGCAUGCAACAGCAACAGCAACAGCAACAACAACAACAACAAUUGGCACAACAGCGUUUGGCGUGAAGCACAAUUUAGAAGCAGGAAGCGCGGAGCUCAAAGCAGCAAAAGUGUCCCGUAGUGUCCUUGCUUCCCGUUACAGAUUCGCAACAUUUACAGUUACACACAAAAAACGAGAGCAAAGGGCAAAGGAAGAAAACGGAAAACCAAAAACAACAACAACAGCAAAGAAAGUUAUCUGAAAGUAAGUUACAAAAGCAAAAGAACGAAAUUAAAAUGUACAAAACAAUACGGCACGGCGAGAACAGUUUGCAAUAUACAAUUUUGCCGCAAAACGACGAUUUUCGGAUUGAGGGCAAACUGACAAACGCCAGCUGCUUGGCAGCAACUACUUCCGCAUCCACGUCGAAUACGUCCGCCACGUCCUGCACGUCCGGGUCGGGCGCCAAGCGCAGCUCGUCGGCGGCGCCGCGCAGACGUCGCACAUUCUUUGCAUAUCUGGGCCUGAUCUUUGUCUGCACGGUCAUCAUUGGCGCCGUGCUAAUACCGUUUCUGGUGUCCGCCGAGUGCUUGCCCAGUCCCGCGGAAUGGUUCCUCAAGACGAAGGCGGCGUUCACGCACAGCGCCAGCGGCGGCGAGAGGCAGCUGCCACAUAUUGCUGCCGGAAAAGGAGCAACAGCUGCGGCUCCAGCUCCGCCAGUGGCUGCCAUGUUGGGCCAGAAUGUGGGCAAAACUGUGCAGAUUGUCAAUCACAAUGGCAUUGAGCAGUUCGUAUUGAAGCUUGACAAAACUCAGCCAGCAACAACAACAACAACAACAACCACAACAACGGCAGCAACAACAACAACAACAACUCCUAGCAUGCAGACAACUGAACAACAGCUUCCGGCCAGCACCGUACGCUCAGCCUUGCCAGCAACAUAUUCAACACUGGCAACAGUUGCCACCAGCACCGCCGCCGUUGCCGCCGCCGCCGCCGCCGUCCCACCGCUUAGCAAUCGCCUGGCCGCAACAAUAACCACGCGCAUUAUACAAGUACCGCUGCUCAAGUCGGCAGCCAAGAAGCCCAUCAUGCCGCCCGUGCUGGCCAAGACGCAGAGCACACAGCUGCAGCAGCAGCUGCAGCAGCAACAGCAGCAGCAGCAGCAGACACAACAACAACAAUCUCAAGAGGAAGAACAACAACAGAACAGAAGCAACAUCGCUUGGAUGAACACACGCUGGGCCUACAUAGAUCCAUCCACAUACGUCCAGUGGUCGGGCUACAAGGCUGAGGAUAGCGUGCUGCUGCCCGCAUUACUUGGAUUUGCACUUAUUGGCAUGAUUUUAAUUAUAACGGUCUGCCUGGUGGCACGCAACAAGCGCACCAUUGUGUCCUCUGUGCGCAAGCGGAAUCGUAACGAUAUUGAAGAGCAAGGCGCCGAAGAUAAUGCCACGCUGCUAACAACAACAAAUCUGUCCGACGAUGAUUAAUUUAAAUGUAUAUUCCAAAACAAAAGCAGAAAGUAAAAACCAAAACUUCAUCCGUACGUGUGCCCCUUUUUUUCGGUCGCUUAUUCAUGUCUUUUUGUUUUUCUUAUUUUUAUUUAAUAUUUGUAUCUACAUAUUUUUAUGAUAUAUACAUAUAUAUAUAUACAAGAACAUACAGGCAUAUUAAGAUAACAAAUUUUUGAUCAAAACAAAAAUUUAAUUAUUAAAGAAAAAGAAAAACAAAGGAAAGCUUGAUACCAACACAAAAGUAAAGUUAUAUACAGCGUAUUUUAAUCAAAUGUACCUUCUACAAAUAAACAAGUAUGUGCGCCAUUUAUGCAGCUUAAAUUCUUAAGCAACAAAUAGAAUUUCCUUGAAAUAUAUACACACAUAUAUAGAUAUAAACUGUUUGAAAUGGGCGCACAUAGUUGUCUAUUUGUAUUUGGGCUAUACCUAAGAGCAUAUUUAGUCUAUUAAGUAUUUAAAAAACUUUUCAAAAAAAAAACUGCUGUCCAAGCUAAGCUAUGCAUAAGAAACGCAGCUCGCAUAAUGUAAUGCAAAGUUGACAAAUUUAUUGGCACUCAAGCAAUUUUCAUUGUUAUGUUUCCAAAGUAAACAAAAACCCGAACAAAAAUCCAAAAAAAAAAAAAAAAACCUAGAAGACUGUUUCUUGAAAACACAUAUUAAGGAUUCUUUAAAUAA